CGCUGGGUGAACUUGGCAAGCCCUCCCGGCGGUGGAUGGGGAACACUUUGUGCCGAGCGCGCCCGCCCGCCCGGCCCUCCUUCUUCCCGCUGGCGCCGCGGAGCCUGGACGCCUGCGCCGGUUCGUAGGUCUGGGGUCUCUCGAAGCUGAGUGCCUAGCACCUGGCCCGCAGCUCUGGCCUCCCACUCAAUGUCCCCCGGUGUCGUCGCCGAUCUAUUGGUCUACGGGUGUCCAAAUGCGUGGACACCGUGCGUAGUCAACAGGAUCUUAUAGAUGCCGUGGCCCAUUUUAAAACAAAGCUCAAUUAUAAGCGCUCAGCGGCUGUUUAUUCCAGUUCAGUUUCAGAUCCCCGAGGGCUGCUGUCAACUAGUACCCACAGGAAGCUCCAUCUGGGCAAAAGUAACCUGGCUCGGAGCCUCGUGACUUGUUUGAGACUAUCAGCUCGCUCAGGUCCGGACUGCUGGAGCCUAGGCAGAUCACUGUGUGGUGGGCAGAAAGUUGAGGACCCAGUCUCCCAUUCAGUGCGAUAGGACGACGUGCUUGGUGGCUGAACAUCAAGCCCUGAAUGUGGCAGAGACUGUAAUGCCUCUAUCUCCGGGACUCCCCCCCCCCCCCUCCCCAUCUUCCCACGAUCUCCGCUCCCCUCUAGCCAGGGCUGUACGCUGCUGCGUUGGUUCUAAAGUGCGUCACGGCCGCGCACCGGCCGCGCUGCUCCACCGGCCUGGGUGAGGUUGGCGUCAGGCCUGCUCAGGCUGAGCCAGCAGCUCUUGGCCGUCACCCCGCCUAGAAACCCGGGCGUGGAAAGCGCUCAAGUUGCGCAGCAUCGGGAUCGCUGCUGGAGACGCUCUCCGCUAGGGGCUUGGCGCCCCCCGAUCGGCCUCAGCAAUGCUCCGGGACACGAGGUGACACCCCCUAGACUCCCUAGGCAACCUAGGCUCGUGGAGCCAGGGAGAUUUCUUCAGAAGAAACUAAGCCUCGGCCUCCCUGGGAUCCUCGCCCCGCCCCGGGUCUCCGCCCCCUCCCCUUGGCUGGGGAUCCCGGACCCCGCGGCGACCGCCUAAGAAGCUCCAGCAGCCUGGACCAGGAGGCAGUAGAGGGCCGGGAGCCGGUGGCUACGGACUCGCCCCGCCAUGUGACGCGGUCCUCCUGCCUGCGAUCCCAGGCCAGCGCCCGUACCCGCGCCCAGCCGCGCUUCGCAUCAUGCUCCUGCCGGGACACCCGCGCCCACCGCCAUCGCCCCAAUCGGCGCAGAAUCAGGGCCUCCGCAGGCAGGUAGAGCCUCCGGGGCAGUUGCUGCGCCUCUUCUACUGCACGGUCCUAGUGUGCUCCAAAGAGACAUCCGCGCUCACUGAUUUCUCCGGUUACUUAACCAAACUCCUGCAAAACCACACCGCCUAUGCCUGUGACGGGGACUAUUUGAAUCUACAGUGCCCUCGGCAUUCAACAAUAAGUGUCCAGUCGGCAUUUUAUGGGCAAGAUUACCAAAUGUGUAGUUCCCAGGAGCCCACCUCCCAGAGGGAAGACAACAUGACCUGUGUGGCAUCCACCACUUUGCAGAAGGUGCUGGACGAGUGCCAGAACCAGCGGGCCUGCCACCUCCUGGUUAAUAGCCGAGUCUUUGGACCUGACCUUUGUCCAGGAAGCAGUAAAUACCUCCUGGUCUCCUUUAAAUGCCAACCUAAUGAGUUGAAGAACAAGACAGUGUGUGAAGACCAGGAGCUGAAGCUACACUGCCACGAGUCCAAGUUUCUCAACAUCUACUCUGCCGCCUACGGCCGGAGGACCCAGCAAAGAGACAUCUGCUCCUCUGGGGCGGAUCUGCUGCCCCCCUUUGACUGCCUGUCUUACACGGCUUUACAAGUCCUGUCCAGGAGGUGCUAUGGGAAGCAGAGAUGUAAGGUCCUCGUCGAUAAUUACCACUUCGGAAGCCCCUGUCUUCCAGGAGUGAAAAAAUACCUCACUGUUGCCUACGCAUGUGUUCCCAAGAGCAUACUCACGGCGGUUGAUCCGGCCAUUGCCAACCUGAACCCUUCUCUGAAGAAAGACGAUGACGGUGUAAAAUUCAACCCAAGCGGAUCAAGGGUUGUGCGGAAAGAUGGCGUUAUCGUCAGCAACUCUCUGGCUGCGUUUGCUUACAUUCGAGCCCACCCAGAGAGAGCCGCUCUGCUGUUCGUGUCUAGUGUCUGUGUCGGCCUGAUCCUCACACUGUGCGCCCUGGUCAUCCGAGUGUCCUGUACCAAGGACUUCCGGGAGCUGACGCAGGGAAGGGAGCACCUGGUGCUAGAGAGCGACAAGGCCGAGGAGGACAGCGAGGAAGAGGAUGUGGAAGAGGAGGACUCCUCGGGUUCUGAGUUUCCUGAGGAACUGUCCAGGUUUUGUAGGACUUCCUAUCCAGCCUAUAGCUCCAUAGAAGCCGCUGAGCUGGCAGAAAGGAUUGAGCGCAGGGAGCAGAUCAUUCAAGAGAUAUGGAUGAACAGCGGCCUAGACUCCCCGCUCCCCAGGAGCGUGGGCCAUUUCUACUGAAAACCAGACGCGUCUGGAUGAGGUCAUCCUUUCUGAAGAAGGAAGGAUCUGGAAUGUGCUGUCUCCCCACCCUCUCCAGUUCUGAUCCACUUGUACCUUCUAUGAAGGAGAAUCUGUCGUGUCAUCCGAGAUGGGUGAAACCGGAAAGCCGUCACAGGGACAUCUCGCUGUUUCCAGCACGCCCUGGAAUAAAUUGGGAGGAAG